AUGGCGGAUUCGCCUGUGGGCGACGAGCCGAAGAAAUCGGAUUUGCGCUGGUCCGGUCGACAAUCUACUCCAUGGGUGAGGAUCAGAGGGAUCUUCGCGUCGUUUUCUUCACGAGCCAAGAGGCCAAGAUCUGACACUGACGAUGCUCUUCCUUUACUAUCAUCCUCUGAAUCGUCUGAGCAGUUUAUUGAACGUCCGCGGAGACGAGUCGGGAAAUCCAGAAUACUCCGCUGCUUGCUGUACCUCCUCGUGGGCAUUUUCGUCAUGUUAGGAAUCAUCCAAUUCGUAUCAAUCCUCUUUGGCCUCUCCUACUCCUUCUUCCCUGACGAAUUCGACCGCGGCGCCACCAACUGGCUAAACCCAGACCACAACCCCAACACAGACGCACCCGGAUCGCAUUACCCAACGGACAUCUCGCGCGACAUCAUCCCCGUCGGCUGCCACUCCCACAAUGACUAUUGGAGGCGUGUUCCCCUCUUCUCAGCCCUACAAGCAGGCUGCAUCGGCGUCGAAGCAGACGUCUGGUUCAUCGACCAAAACGACCACCAAGAUCUCUACGUCGGACACACGACCUCGUCACUCACGCCCGAGCGCACGUUGCGAAGCAUGUACGUCGAUCCGUUAGUGAAGAUCCUCGACCGGCAGAAUCCGAUUACGGGUUUCCAUGAAAGCGUCGAUCAGCCGCGGAAUGGGGUUUUUGAUACAGAUCCCGGACAGACGCUUAUUUUGCUUGUUGAUUUCAAGACAGAUGGGGUGCUUACUUGGCCAAGUGUGGUUGACGGGCUGGAGCCGUUGAGGGAGCGGGGGUAUCUUACUUAUUUUAAUGGAGAGGAGGUUGUUAAUGGCCCUGUUACUGUUGUUGGGACGGGAAAUGCGCCGUUUGAUCUGGUGACAGCGAAUUCGACCUAUCGAGAUAUUUUCUUCGAUGCACCGCUUGACUUCCUGACUGAGGGUAGCCCUCACAAGGAUAGGAAAGCGAAGAGGCAAGCUGUCCAAGACGGUAGUAAUCUCGGCCAGGGUCUCUCCGGUAUGCCAGCCGAUAUCACGCCCGACGUAUUCAACUACACAAACAGCUUCUACGCCUCCACCUCCUUUAAGGACACUAUCGGGUUCCCGCGGCCCUUCCAUCUCACAGCGCAGCAGAUGGAUUCCAUCCGGGCUCAGAUACAAGGCGCGCACCGUCACGGAGUAAGGGUGCGAUAUUGGGGACUACCUAGUUGGCCUCGGGAAUUGAGAAAUCACAUCUGGAGGGUUUUGGUUCAUGAGGGGGUUGAUAUUUUGAAUGUGGAUGAUCUGCAGGGUGCGACGAAGAAGGAGUGGACACCCAAUGUGGGUGACUGGUGGUGA